AUGCCUUUCUUAAGGCAGCUCUGCAUUUAUUGUUGGAUUUCAGGAUCUUUGCUCUUAUCUGCUCAUGCCAGCUCUCCUAAGACCUUCAGAGAUGUAUCAAAAUACCCAAAUAUCGACAAAGUCACUUUUCGGGAUGUGUCGUAUGAAUUUGUCAUGAAGCCACAGUCAUGGGGACUGGCGAGCGAAAUCUGCGAGAUUCAAGGUAGCAAUCUCCUGAAGUAUCUGGACUGUGAUAUCAAGGAUUUCUUUUCCAAAGUUUUCGAGAAUCCUGAGAUCAAGUCUCUAGGCUGGUGGAUCGGCAAGGGUUUGAUGGGAUCUUACGAUGAAUGUGAUAUUCAGGAAAUACCCUCUAAAGAAGUUGCUGAUAGUCCAUAUUUGUGUACCUACCUCAUAAUGGAUCCAUUCCAGCUGGUGACCACACCCUACUGCAACAUGACCUUGGGUUACCUGUGCACGAAAGAUCCAAACGCUGAACAUAAACGAGAGCAGAGGAGCCUUCGGGUCCGGAGGGACACAGACAGCGAGAUAACUCAAUGGAUAAAGCUAAUGCUUACACCAGGAACAGCUUUAACGGACGUCCUUUCGAAUGCUCAGAAAAUAUUAAAAAAAAUUGCAAAUGAACCGGUGGAGAUGUUGUCUACUGAAAAGAAAUCAUAUCUAAGUGCCAUACUACAAACCCUAAAGACACUUAAAACAAUAGAUCCCACGAGCAAGGAUCUGACUUUGAAUUGUACUGGAGGCCUUAUUUUGUACAACAUAGAGCAGUGUGAAUCAGAUGACAGCGCAGAAAAUCUUGAGGCGGUGAUCAUUCUGGCUGUCCAGAUUUAUCAGCAAAUAAACAUACUGACAAAUCAAAACCUUAAUCAAAUAUUCACCUGGGAUUUCGUAUCGGGCACGCUGUUUGCAACCCAACAGCCACCACAGAAUAUGAACAACAUGACCAUUGGGAAUGUAGAAACAGGAUAUGUCCAGUUUCCCAGUUAUGAUACGUUGAAGUCACAGCUGCCAACUAACCCUGUGGACAUUCAGAUGUUCAGUUAUAAAUCGAACCCAAUGAGUGAGGAAUCAAACUUUAGCAUCAGUGGCUCGGUUUGCAGCCUGUCACUCUCAGACAAAUCAUCGAAUGUCAAACUCAGCAAUCUCUCAAGUUUCAUCGAGAUAUUCCUGCCACGUCCAGAUGCUCCUGAGCCAUCAUAUACAAACAUCUCUUUGAAAUAUGGCUAUGCUAUCAUCACAUCCUUCAAUGUCACUGAUCCAAACUCAACUGUCAUUGUUACUGCGAUACCAAGUACAAACGUCUCUCUUCAGUUGCUCCUGUCUCCCACUUACAAAUCAAACAAUCGGAGUCUACGUGCUAUCCUGACUGGCAGAAAUGAUUAUUACCGCUGGAUCAUCCACCCUGAGAUGGUUAACAGUACAAACGGCACCAUGUAUAUCAACAUAACACUGUACAACUACACAUCAAGCGUUCCAGUGAGCAUCAACGUCUCUCUUAUGAACUUUAAGUGUGUUUACUGGGAUGUAGGCCUAAAUGAAUGGAGCAGAGAUGGCUGCUGGGUUGGUCCUAAAACAGUACCCAGCAUGACUCACUGCUUAUGUAACCAUAACACCUUCUACGGGAGCUCCUUCUUCGUCAUGCCCAAUCCGAUAGAUCUGUCCCAAACAGCUGCACUCUUCGCCACCAUCAAUCAAAAUUACGUGGUCGUCUCUGUCCUGAGUGGAUUCUUUUUCCUCUAUCUACUCCUUGUGUUAUGGGCAUGGUAUGCUGACAAAAAAGCCAUGAGAACGCGCAAGAUAAUGCUGCUGGAGGACAAUCAUCCAUGUGCUCAUUAUAACUACCUGCUGAAUGUACAGACAGGAAACCGGAAACACGGAGGAACCACAGCCAAGGUUAUGAUGACUGUAGAGGGCACCGAUGGCGAGAGCGACACCCAUGUCCUCGGUUACCCAGACCAGCCUGCGUUUGAGAAAGGAGGAGUGGACAUGUUCAUACUCAGCACCCCAUUCCCUCUGGGAGAACUGAAGGACAUAAAACUUUGGCAUGACAACACAGGAGGAGAUCCAGACUGGUUUCUGCAGAAAGUGACAGUACAGGACUUGCAGACACGGCAGGUCUGGCAUUUCCUUUGCAACUCCUGGCUAAAGGGCAGUGGAGAUACACCUUGUAAAAGAACCUUCAAUCCAGCAAAGAAGAACGAGAUCACCAGUUUUGGCAACUUAUUCCAUGCUCGGACGUCCACUGGGUUCCGAGACGAGCACAUUUGGAUGUCUAUUGUGAAUCCUCCACGCCACAGCCCCUUCACCCGAGUGCAACGAGUCUCCUGUUGUAUGUGCCUGCUGCUAUGUACCAUGGUCAUCAACAUCAUGUUCUGGAACAUUCCCAAAGACGGAGAGUCUCCUGUCAUCAUAAAAUUAGGAUCCUUUGAGCUCACCUGGCAGCAGAUCAUGGUUGCGGUGGAAAGCGCUCUGCUCAUGUUCCCGAUUAACAUCCUCAUUGUCACCAUAUUCCGCAGCAUACAACCACGCGUUAAAAACGAGGACGAGGUCAAGGCCAAGACCAACAGUGGCGACAAAUCAUCUGUUGUUUCCAUGCAGACUAUCCUCAAGGACACUCAGGAUAUUGUGACCCUCCUUAGCAGAAGCCCCAAAAACUGCGUGAUUUCACUGCAGCAUAAUCUCGAGACCACCGCUGAUCUGUUCGCUGCUCUUAAUCAAAUGCAUGACGUCAUUGUGAAUAUACAAGGCCAGACUGUCGGGGAUCAGCACUGGGCUCACUGCAGCCGCUUUGUCUUCCACACUUUAUGCCAUAUCUCAUCGUUACUGGAUCGUGCCGGAGAAAAAGUGUUUCCUCACCCUGAGGACCUCAAACUGGCCAAGGACACGGUGAACAUGAUGCUAAAGAAGGCUGAGGCGUUGACCAGCACUCAUCCAGUGCAGAGCUUUGUGCCUGUGCAAGAGAAGAAGAAAAAAUCUGGCUGCAAGCUGCCCUGGUGGUUUGUCUUUGUUGGCUGGAGUCUUCUCAUUGCCAUAAGUGGCAUCUCCACCUUCUUUACUUUGCUCUACGGCUUUCAGUAUGGAAGGGAUUCAUCCAUUCGAUGGGUUAUCACCCUGACUUUGUCCAUGUUCCAGAGCAUCUUCAUCAUCCAGCCUCUGAAGGUUGUUGGUCUGGCCAUCUUCUUUGCACUCAUUCUGAGGCCGGUGGCAGUCGAGGACAACCAGGAGGUUGAGAUUUUGCUAGACGAACAACGUGAAAAAUGCGAGUCAUACUGUGGACGGCACAUGCACGGAUGCUAAUACUGCGAUGGACCCUCUUUGAAAAUGUGAUUUUGACCAACGCAGAAAUCUUAAACUGACUUUUGAAGAUUUUAAUGUAAACAAUGUUCAGGGUGGAGGUUUCAUCUUUUGUAUCAUAAAAGUGCACUCACUAUACGUGUCUUUAUUUUCCCUCUAAAAUCCCAUAAUGCAUGCAAUAGUACAAUGCAACCUGUAAGUAACUGUAAAGUGACACAAUGUGAAAUAAAUACGUUUAGAGUGCAACAUGUCAUCUUUAAGAUAUUUGCAUCCAAAAUGGAGCAAACUUUUACUACUGCAGCCCUCCACACUAAAGUAGGUUGUGUUACUGAUUGAUUGCUUACAUAGAGCUCUGAUCUUUGCAAUUUAUUUACAAGAUAUUAUUUUAGAAAAACUUUACAAACUGCAAAUUAUUAUACUCUUAGCAGUAGAAUAUGUAAAAAAAAUGUAAACACUGCAUCACAGCUUUGCGGGAAUUUCUAAGCAGAAAAAGUGGUCUGGUAUUCCCAUUCCAAAGCGUUGGGUGUACCUGUAAAUAUAUCCUUAUUCAUACGCUUAUUUCAGUCAUCCUACAUGUAUGAUCCCAGAGGA